UUGUGCUGACAUCUAUGUGGCUAUGGGGUGUAAAGUACUAUUCAGAAGUGCAUGUGAUGUUUAUAUUAUGACCCAAUUUGGAUCCAGCAGCUUUGCGGAACUACUGAAUGCUCCUUUCUCAGACGAACCGUCUGCAAUCUUACAACCAACUCCAGAGGACCUCGACCCCUUCGCCGACGUUGCUCUUCAGCCUCCUGUCUCUCCAGCCCCUUUACCUAGUUUUCAGGAAACAUAUCGCGUAUUUCAACAACAACCUCCACCUCAUCAAGGCUUGCCUCCUCAACAGCCUCAACAAUUCAAAAUGGAAGAAGAGUGCGGAUUCAACGUGUCAUAUCACCAUCCAGUACAACCAUCACAUCACUACGAAUAUCAGCAAAUGCAAUACUCAGCUUCUAGCCCUUACUACCCUCCUCCUCCCACUUGCAGCGCUAGCUUUGAAAAUAUUAUGGGUCAAGGAGGAGAACCCUACUCACUACCCUCCUACCAAGUACCUUCAGCUACUGAGCUUCACGUCAGUACAGCUUUAAGUCCUAGGCAAAGGCGAGCCUCGCUACCGCUCCAAAGGUCAGAAUCGACCAGCAGCAGCGAAUCGCCCAAGCUGAGGAUGGGUGGCCCUGGACCUAGUGCGUCCUCUUCGGCGGCUUCAUCACCUGGAGGCGUCGCCGAGCCCCAGCCGACGACGUCUAAAGGUCUCACUCCACCGUCACCGUCGCAACUUUGUGCCGUGUGCGGAGAUACCGCCGCGUGUCAGCACUAUGGUGUAAGGACAUGCGAAGGUUGCAAAGGGUUCUUCAAGAGGACGGUACAAAAAGGUUCCAAGUACGUUUGCUUAGCGGACAAGGCCUGUCCGGUGGACAAGCGACGGCGGAACAGGUGUCAGUUCUGCAGGUUUCAGAAAUGUUUGGCAGUGGGAAUGGUCAAGGAAGUCGUUCGGACGGAUUCUCUCAAAGGUCGGCGGGGACGACUACCAUCCAAACCAAAAUCACCUCAAGAAUCUCCACCAAGUCCACCAGUGUCCUUAAUUACAGCCCUUGUCCGAGCCCACGUAGAUACCACUCCAGAUCUGGCAAACCUGGAUUACUCUCAUUACUUAGAGCCAACUCCUAUUGAACCGGUCAUCUCAGAAGCAGAAAAGAUCCAACAGUUUUAUUCCCUUUUAACUACGUCAGUCGAUGUGAUUAAGAGUUUUGCUGAGAAGAUACCGGGAUUCAUGGAUAUAUGUCACGAAGAUCGUGAAGUCUUGUUCCAGUCAGCUUACUUAGAACUUUUUGUCCUACGCCUAUCCUACAGAACCCAUCCUAACGAUAACAAAUUAACCUUUUGCAACGGAGUAGUCCUAGAGAUCCAGCAAUGCCAGAGAUCUUUCGGCGAAUGGCUUCAUUCAAUAUUAGAAUUUUGCGCUGGUCUGCAUGCCAUGGAAAUCGACAUAUCAGCUUUCGCGUGCUUGUGCGCGCUCACACUUAUAACAGAACGUCAUGGACUUAAAGAACCACACAAAAUCGAGCAGCUGCAAAUGAAAAUAAUAUCGUCGUUGCGGGAUCACGUGACGUACAACGCAGAGGCCCAAAGGAAAGCGCACUACUUCAGCCGCCUGUUGGGAAAACUGCCCGAGCUGAGGUCCUUAAGCGUCCAGGGACUGCAAAGGAUAUUCUACUUGAAACUAGAGGAUCUGGUUCCUGCACCGCCAUUAAUAGAGAAAAUGUUUGUCGCCAGCUUGCCCUUCUAAGGUGGAAUGACUCUAUUCGGCGCAGUUUACUCAAGUUUCGUAAUAAAAUGAAAAAUCUACAAUUUAUAAAUUUAAUAGAAUCAGAAAAUUUUCGAUCGUGAUCUUAGAAUAAAUCUACUAAAGGAUAGAGAACACCAGCAAAUUAGCUUUGUCCGAGUCAUAAAUAAAAAAAGGCUAAACAAAAAGUUAAAGGCUACCCAGAAAUCAAAAACCAGCAUACAUGUUCACAUAUUUUAUGUCUCGACAUGCGUGGCAAUCAUA